AGAAGAUACACAUUGUUUAACAUGGCUGUGUCGUCGUGGAGUCCUGACAAGAAACAUUCUGAUAAAGAGAGGUGGGUUUGUGUCUAUCCUGCCUACAUAAAUAGUAAGAAAACUGUAUUUGAAGGACGUAGACUGCCAAAAACCAAGUGUGUGGAGAACCCAACUUACCAGGAAAUCAGAGAUGUUCUGGAUUCUGCAGGAUUUAAAGUUGGUGUAGAGAACAAGCUAUACCCAAGAGAAACUAAUAAAGAUGAAUUGAUCUACAAGGGACGAAUAAGAUUCCAGUUGAAGAAAGAUGAUGGAAGUCCAGUGAACUUAAAGUUUCCCACUCGUAAAUCUGUAUUAGUUUAUUUGUGCGAGAUGAUUCCCAAACUGAAAUCUCGAACCCAGAAGCAAAGUGGUGGAGACCAGUCUCACAGUGUACAGGGUGGUGGGAAGAAAGGAAAAGGCAAGAAGGGAAAACGAUGAUUAGAGAUAUCACCUAUUCUUGGUAAACUGUCACGUGUCAUCUUAUAAGUAAGAGCAGCCCAUGAUGUAAAAAAUGAUUAUUCAAAAAUAAAUAAAACUAUCAGUACCUGUGA